AUGAAGAAGAAAGAGUACCAGCUAGAUUCUUUUGUGUACAGUAAGAUUAUUGUAGUUUAUAAAGACGGAUGUGGAGGAAAGCAAUGUGUGCGGAAGAUGCUUAAGAGAGAGGAGAAGGCUAUUGAUUAUAAUGUUUGCUGUAAGUACGAAUUAGUUUACGAUGUCCAAUUACUUGGAGAAGAAUUGGUUGACAGGGCGAAACCUUUUGUUUUCGAGGAUUCAUAUGCAGAUGCUGGAAACCUGCCAUGUUCUACAGCCAGUUUUUGGAAGCAACCAUAUGGAAUCACUUUCCCUGGGAGACCAUCUGGAAGAUAUUCCGAUGGCUGCGUUCUCAUAUACCGUUGGAGAAAUUUCACCGAAUUGGAGUUGUUGACAAAUGGUUUAGAGGAUUAUAACAAGCCUUACAAGGAUUUAAGCACCAAAGCACAAGUGCAAAUCCUAGAGAACUUGAAGAACACAAAUGAUGAAUAUGAAUAUAGCUUUUUUAAAGACUUUGACUUUGGAAGGAGUUUCAACCCCAUCCUAUUCGAAGUAGAUGCUACUAAGUCUCUGUUUAGAGGUGACUCAACAAAAUAUUAUCUUGGCAUAAGAUCUCCUGUAGCUUAUGAAUGGAAAAAAAUAGAAGAGAAAUGGAUAGAAAAUGGGAUGAAUUUUGCUCAAGGAGGGACAGGAGUGUUCAACACAUUGGUUGACCAACAAAAUAUGAAUUCACAAAUCAAUAUCUUUCAACAACUCAUUCAAGAAAAUGGUUUGGAGGCAUUCACUAAAUCAGUCAUUUAUCAGAUAGUCUUGAAUCUGAAGCGUAUACACGAAUUCAGAGUGCAAAAAAUAGCCGUUACAGGAAUUGUACCCCUAGGGUGCCUUCCUGCGAUAACUGCUUCAACAUCAUAUAAACGCUGCAGUGAAACAGGAAAUAAUAUUGCACAGUUUCACAACCAAGUGCUUCAGCAAAAUUUGCACAGGUUGAACAAUGAAACAGGAAAUUCGACAUUCGAAAGUGGAUUGAAGCCAUGCUGUCUUGGUGUGAACGUCUGUGAGAAUACUAAGCAGUCAUUUUUCUGGGAUCCAAUACAUCCAUCGGACAAGGGCUGGCGUGCUGUUUAUUCUGCUUUGAAGCAUUCUCUCCAUUAUCUUCAAUGAACUCAUCUCUGUGCUGUUUCUUGCUUAUUAUGUAUGGUAUAAUAUAUAUGUGUGCAAUUAUUGAUUUAUCAA